ACAGGGCAGGCUCAGCUGCUCUAUAGGCUGGCAUCUUUGGUUGAAAAGAGUUUGACGUACUGGCAAUCAUUCCAAAAAUGAGAGCUUUUAUCUACUAGGCCUAUAAUAAUAAACCCUGUUUAAUGAGAGGAGGCGUGAAGGGCUUUCAACACGACACAAUGGAUUAGCCUAAUCUGAAAUGUAUAUGACCUAUGCAUAUGCAUGCAUAGGCCUUGUGUGAGUAGGCCUAGUGUGUGUGUGUGCACUGUGGGAUGGGGGUGUAGGUGGGUGGGUUGCCCACUAAAUUAGCACCCCCAACUUGGAAACAGGAUCUGUGAAAUGUAGGCCUGUGUAUCCCACGGGGCCUCAAAGUGUGUAUCUGUGCCCCCACAUUAAUGUUUGCAUUAAGAGCUGUGUUUGUCCGCGUCCUGCAGAGCGUGACCUGAAAUCCUGACUGGCAUUUUGACGGCACAUCAGCAGCGCAUUAAAAUGCAUUCAUCGCCACGCUAAUGCCGCCAAAAGUCCCGCCUGAAAAAAUAAAGCCAAUUCCUGCAAUGAAAAAAAGCCAAAGAGACAAGUGCUCCCCGCGGACUCGUGAGCAGUGAAAGCUGUCAGCGCCUUUCUUUCGUUCCACUGUGCCGCAGCGACUUUGAAUCCCAUAUGGGAUCUGAUAUCCUGCUCUAUCAAGUGGGAUUGUACAGUAUAGCCAGGUCUUUGGGCACAUCUCAAAUAAAUGAAGUCUGAAUUUAGGGGGUUAAAUCUACACAGAGAAAUUCGGCUUCCUGCAAAUCUGUCACCAGUCUAUAAAACUUGACUUCCUGCUCGCCUCAGGUAUGAAAACAGGAUUUGUCUCUCACACAUGGGCGACAGACUACUGUACAAAUCCAUCAGCCUCUCUUCAAAAUCUCACCAGUGACAUUCAGCAAAAUUGCCUUUCAUCGGGCCAAAAUAUGACACCCACCGAGGAAAAUACACUGUAUGGCUGCUUAAGCGGACCUGUAACGCGGGAAAUAAAUGUAGCCUGCGAAGUUUAUGAGCGGGCGUUCAGUCCAGUCCAGGCAUCAAUGCGCGCGCUCAACUCUCAGUGUGGCGCCAUGGGACUUCCGAAGAGCAGCACUGCCCUCUGCGGUUCAAACAUGGAAAAGAGCAGGCAGCGCAUCAUUUGUGUUGUGGCGAAGGAAGGGAGAAAGGAAAACUGGUCCAUUAAUCAUUGGGGAACGAGAAGACAUGUUGGGAUUUUGCAGGGAAUUGUGAUGUGAAAAUAUACACGAAUCUUACUACCCAAACGCUGGUCUGGUUCUGUUAAAAACAAGCCUGCUGUCGUUUUAGCUGUAGAUUAUUUGAUUCAACACAAAUUACAGGCGUGAUGCCAUUUAUUUGGUAACACGACGCAGUAGGCCUACCAUUUGGCAAGGCAAGUUUAUUAUAGCGCAUGUUAAAAAAUAUUAAGCUUAGUCCAGUUAUUUUCAAAUGCACUAGAUGGAGACCCAUAUGACGCGCUUGGCGAGCCACAGGUGUCGUCAUAAACGCUCGCUUGAUCACGUCUCAACCAAGAUAACGUUAUGACAUGUCAGCCGGGAUGAAUUUAUAACCGACCCUGCCAUUGACAGUCCUUCACUGGGAAGGCCUUGAAGGGGUUUGGUCGGCUUCCAAGCAUGGUCGGCUCGGUCCUAGCUGUUCUCGACUGGCUUGGAACCAUGUUCAAUCUUAAUUGUUAUUAUUUUUAUUUUGACACUAGGCCUAAAUCCCAGUUAACGUCUGGAAUGUCUAUGUUUGGUGAAUCCCUUGAAAGUUAUAUGGGCACUCUCUUUUUGAUUGUUAUUUACUGUAUUUUGUACAUCGGUAUAAACUACUGUAUUACAGUAUUUUCACAGGUAAGCCAUGUUAAGAGUGGGCUAUUACUGCCCGAUUCCCUAUUCAGUGUUGUUUUAUUGUAUAGAAAAAGUCAUUGCCAUUUUUGUUUCUUUUUUUUUCAGGAUGACCCCCUUGGUGACAUGAUACAUCUUCUCCAAAACUGGUCUGAAUGCUCUUCUAUGGACAACAAUGAAUUCCACAUUCUGAGGCUCUCCCUGCGCCACCCACGUCAGAUUGAACAUUUACUGGAAGAUGAUGUACCACCACACAAUACCUAUUGUCAGUCUUCCCAUCAGCCCAUGGCAAUAUCUACCUUCAGUCAAACCAACCAAGAGCAAGUGUACUGCCGAUCUAAGGCACUCAGUUUACCAGGCUGUGAAAACCACAUCAGGAACCCAGUGGCCCUCAAGCGCUGGAGGCGAGCUUGCGCGAUCAUCCGAACUGUGGGGAUGCUGCUCCCAGCUAGGCUGAAAACAUCCAACACACCAGCUUCUCCACAGGCCAAGCCCAAGCCCAAGCCCAAGCCCAAGAGGAUUGCUGCGAGAAAAGCUACCAGUCUCCUCUGUUUCCCCACAUACCAGCAAAGCAGUUUGAUGCUUUCCGCCCCCCAUCGACAGUCCAUCAUGAUGCACCCCCAGGCCAUGCAGAGGCUAGAGGCUCACGUGCGGCGCAAGAGCUGCCAACGCCUGUGGGGCUUCCCAAACCUGGUCAUCAAGUACGUGGGAGACCACGUGGUCCAGUUGGCCUGUGGAGAUGGCAAGCCCUUGCAGAACACCACGGGUAAACUACCCUGGCAGCUCUGGGCACAAAGUGGCCUCUGCUCCAAGCGGAGAGCGAAACUCAUGGAAAGGCUGCAGAAGACAACAUCUCCAACAUCUCCAAAAAGAACAUCUUAA